AUGAGUAAAGGGCUGACACACGAAGUGCUGGUCGAGUGCACCAGAACGAGGGCCCGACUGUCCAAACUGGUGCUCAAGACAUUGUCUGAAGGGUCGGUGGCCAGGGAUGUGAUGAUAGAGACGCCGAUGUUUAUGCCGGUCGGCACUAACGCCACCAUCAAAGGCCUGCUUCCGCAGCAGAUUGAGGGCACGGGAUGUCGCCUAAUACUGGCGAACACAUACCACGUGGGCUGUCGGCCGGGCGUGGACACGGUCCAGAGGGCCGGCGGUAUCCAUGAGCUGAUGCGGUGGCGGAACGCCAUACUCACCGAUUCGGGCGGCUUUCAAAUGGUGUCUUUGAGUAAACUGUCGGAAGUGUCCGAAAACGGAGUGCUCUUCAGGAGUCCCUACGAUAAGGAGAGCGACCAACAGAUGCUUCUGACGCCCGAAAUGGCGACACAAAUGCAGCAUAAGAUCGGAUCCAAUAUAAUGAUGCAAUUGGACGAUGUCGUGAAGACCACACAUCCCGAUGAGCAGCGCAUGGAGACAGCCCUCCACCGGUCCAUCCGGUGGUACGACAGGUGUCGCGUCACUCACGCCAAGGCUGUGGCCGACGAUAAGACGGGCCGCCAUUCCCGACAAAACCUGUUCCCUAUAAUACAGGGCGGACUUAACAGCGACUUUCGGCGCCAAUCGGUUAAGGAGAUAGUGGCCAGAGAUCCGGUCGGUAUAGCCAUCGGAGGGCUCAGUGGCGGCGAAGAGAAGGAAAAGUUUAUAGAUAUGGUUGCCGUCAGUACUGAGGCACUGCCGCCCAAUAAGCCCCGGUAUCUGAUGGGUGUGGGUCUGGCCAUCGAUAUGUUGAUGUGUGUGGCCUUCGGUGUGGACCUCUUUGACUGCGUCUACCCGACCCGUACGGCGAGGUUCGGGUGCGCACUCGUUGGCUAUGGCAAAGAGUUGAACCUAAGAAGCAAUUCAAUGGCUCUGGACUUCGGGCCGUUGGACAAGGAGUGCGACUGUAAUACGUGUGUGAAGUAUAGCCGCUCUUAUAUCCAUCAUCUGAUGCGCGACAAGAAUACCGUCGGAUGUCAUCUCCUCAGCGAACAUAACAUCCGAUUUCAGAUGAGAUUUAUGCAGAAGAUUAGGGAUUCAAUCAGAGACGGAGUGUUCGAGCAAUUCAUUGGCGAUAAUCUUCGCUACCAUUUCGGUGGUAAAGAUAAUUACCCGAAAUGGAUAUCACAUGCAGUAAAUGAGUUGAAGCUAAAUGUUUGA